CCCGUCCAUCACCUUCCAGUUUCCUCGUCCAACCCAAGACAAUUCCUCCAAAGAUAGCAUUGACUCGCCGCUGCAUACUCGCCUACGCUGGGGCCAGCUCGACACCUGUUUAUUCCUUGCUUCUAUCAGCGACUCCCGAACCUGCACCUGCGCACAUUGCCCAUCCUCCCUCUGCUCGUCGCCUUCGCUCCAUCACGCCGUCUGCGCCCCUCGACGCCCAUUCCAUGCUGUUUCACAAGCUACCCUUGCUCCGAUCUUGACACGACACACCGCUGCUAGACCACACUCGCUUCAUCGCACUCCACGAGCCUUCGUAAAGCUCUCAGGAUGGGUUCUACACAGUUUGGCAAAUUCCAGGACUUUUGUCGCGAUUCGACACUUCCAAUAUGUAAUAUCCUCACAGCAAACAACCAACCUCCAAACGCAGCAUAUGGAGGAUGUGCCCUAUUAGGCAUUGGCCUGAGUGGUGGAAGAAACCUGGCCAAUUUGGGUUCCAUCCUCUUUGCUUUCAUCGGCAUCCUCGUCACACUCUUCCUCCUAUGGCGGGCCAACCGCAAAGCAGCUGCCGUCGGACGAAGAGAGAUGCAAUUGUUUCUAUUCGGCUUUCUCAUAAUCGAGAUAUGCGAAAUUUUCACACAGGGAGGUUUCCCUUUGGACAACGAUGUCCGCAAAGGCUUCACCGCCGUCCACCUCGCUGCAAUCACUGCAACAUCAUGGCUCCUCCUGAUGAACGCCGCCGUCGGCUAUCAACUACUCGAUGAUGGCACUCCCCUGUCGAUGGCACUGAUUGGAGGAAGCGCAGUCGCCUUCUUCGUUGGAACUGGUUACAUCGCACUCGAUACGGCAUUUAGCUGGACUGGUUAUUGGGACGACUCCUUGGAAGACCCGCAUCACAACAUCGCGCUCUAUGUGCUCUACCAACUGGUUCCCCUGGUCUUCUUCUUCUUGUUCUUCGUCCUCGAGGCCAUUCUAGUCCUGAGGAUCCUUGGCGAAAGGAAACCGAUGGUCUAUCUGGUCGCGGCAGCGCUGCUAUUCGCCAUUGGCCAAAUAUUUCAAUAUGUGGUGUCUGUCCAUAUCUGCAACCCCACCGACGGCAAGAUCAAUGGCGCCAUGUUCGCAUCGCUCUUCACAGUACUGAGUGUGGUCGCGUUAUUUGUCUUCUGGUCAUCCAUUACAGAAGACGAUUGGCCGAUCCAAUGAUUUAUCGUCUCUGCGCCUGAAACAAUCCAUUAGCGGCAUAUUGUGCCGAGUCGCAAGGCUGGAAACAACACGACUCGUACCCGGCUCGUGGAGUGACAUGUUUAUAUUAGGGACAAGGGUGGGGACAUGAACUGAUCUUGGAACACGGCGCUUGGCUCUUUGUGACAUGGACAACAUUUUGCCCAUAACAACCCAGGCGGUGGCGCAGAGCUUGACGAAAAUUACGCAGCGUUUGGCGUCUUGAAAUGUGUAUUCAUGUCGGCCAUUUUAUUAACGGAAGGACUCCAUCUUGCAGCUGGAAAGUCCAAAGGACAAAGUUAGAGACGAACUCGGUGCCAUCAAGCUAUGGUGAAUCCAAUGUUUAUUACUCUUGUGUCCCUGGGUGUCUUUGGGCACCGACUCUCAGCAGCGGGACACGCUGGUUAGACUAGAACUACAUAUUGAGGGACUUUUAAUGGCAUCUACUGGCCAUGGUACCAUGGCCAUCUCACUGGUACAAAACCCGG